CAGAACCCACUCCGCAUCCCGGAAGCAGCUGAAGUCCGGAGGGACAAGAGCUCUUAAAUGAUUUAAAAUUUUCCUCAAACAGAAAUGGGUAACGAACAUUCUAUAGCCCUUAAUCAGAGGCGUAUGCAAAGAAGUCCCAUCGACUCUCUGUUUGAGCGCGCAGUUCUUGAUGCUCUUCGUGAAGUAGCCGAAGAAUCAUCGGUGCCAUCCGAGCAGAUUGAGCAUGCGUGGGACCCCGAAGAUUGCUCGCCCAGGUUCAGAGUUUUGAGUGACAGGUUGACAGCUAGGAGACUUCCCUCACCUCUUACCACAGAUGGCAUUAGAGGAAAAAAGGGAUACAGACAAGGUCGACACGUCUGGGAAAUAACCUGGGAACGAGACGAACGAGGUUCCUACGCAGUCAUCGGAAUCGCUCUUCCUCAAGCACCCCUUCAGUGCCUUGGUUACCAACCACUGAUAGGAUCCAACUCAGCUUCGUGGGGAUGGAAUUUAAGCAAGAAAGUGACAUUCCACAACGGACAGGAGGCUGCUUAUCCGGCCAAUAACCCGGGAUUUUUUGUUCCUGAUACAGUUUACUGUAUACUGGACAUGGACAAUGUUACUUUAAGUUUUGCAACAGAGAACACUUAUCUCGGGGUGGCGUUUCGUAAUUUACCUCGUCAUCCGCUGAAGCCUUUGUGCCCAUGUGCUAGUGCGGUAUUCGGCAACUGUGAUAUCAAAAUGAGGUAUAUGGGUAGAGGAGACACCUUUAUUGCUAAGUUAGAAGCAUCCAAAGAGAAAGCCUCGCGCCCGUCUACUUCCCCUGCAGUCAAGCCCCCACCGGAAUCCCCUGGACCCAAGUCUCCUCCCCAGUCUUCUAGGACUACCUCUCCAACCCAAGCUCCAACUUUCUCCAAUGACUCUGCGAAUUCCUCGGAGUCAUACAAGUUCGCUCACAAUUGUGGAGAUAAAAUUGCUGUAAUGCUUGCGGGGAAGAAAGCGAGGAGGAUCGAUGCCCUACAAAUUUUCAACCAUGGAGUUGUGAUGACUGGAAAACCUUUAAAAGAUGAUGAGCUGUUUGAAGUACGCUUGGACAGUAAAGUGCCAAAGUGGUUUGGCACUCUAGACAUUGGGGCCACGACAGUCUCCCCCGAAGGUCUGGAGUUUCCUCCGUCGAUGGAUCGCUUUGGACAAGGCAUAACAUUUGCACUCUGCGGAAAUAAAAUACUGAAUAACGGAAAUGAAAUGACUGAGAUAUCAAAGGACUUGAAUGAUUUGACGGUUGGAGAUCGAGUAGGGGUGAUGCGAAAGUCAGACAAUUCCUUGCAUUUUUUCAUAAACGGAGUAAAUGUUGGCAAGCAGGUCAAAACCCUUCCACGUGUUCUUUACGGAGUUGUGGAUGUAUUCGGUCAAGCCGAAGAAGUAACCAUAACCGGUGGUACAGCGGAAACUCAAAGCAGUAACCAGGACGAGGUGGACUCUGUCUCCAUCAUGGUACGCAUGCACAACGUCAUCAACAUCAUAAAAGAUGGGAAGUUUGACGAUAUUUUGUCUGUAGUGGGAAAAGUGGCCAAAGAUAUUCUAGAGCCUUAUUCCGAAACAGACAACAGGCAGCUUCGCUUAAAGUAUGGUGACCAUUUGUCGGACAUCAGUGCCCCUCAGUACCUGACCGUGCUUCUUCGCCGGGCGAUGGACAUGGGGAUGGAGACUAAAGCAGGCUGGCUCGGCAUGUACGUUAUUCGCAGUGUAUUUUGGAAUUAUGCGGACGACAGCUUAAAAAUGGCGAGAGAUUUGGGACGAAGCGGGUCACUAAAGAUUAUGUUAAAUGAUUUGGACACCUUUGGCCCGAACAGUUCCAAAAAUGAGAAAAAGAAAUUCCUGGUUUUUUCUGCGAUGAGUAUUUUGCACAACUGCUCUAAAGCUGCAGAAAAUCGUCAGAUCCUACUUGAUCUGAGAGCGAUUGAGAGGAUUUCGCCAUUCCUGAAGGCAGAUGAUAUGGAAAUUGUUGUGGCGGCAAUAUUGACGCUAGCAUACAUAUCCUCCGAUGACCAGAAAAAACGUUUGGAGGCAGAGAGCAGAGUAAUAAGCUAUCUGAUUGGUAUGUUGCAAAAUGCAUUGAAUCAGUCCGACCUAAGAGGAAGAUUGAAUGGGAGCGCGUGGUGUGCUCAAGAAAUCGCAGAUGGUUUGGGUAACCUGGUGGUGAAUGAAAAGAACAUGGAGGUUAUGCUAGAGAGAGAUGUUGUUCCAUUAAUGAUAUCACUCCUCGAAAAAGGUGGGGAUGCUGAAAAGGAACGUGCAGCUAACACCCUUUGGAUUAUCGCAAAGACAUCGAAAGGAAAAGCAAAGAUAAAGGAAACUGCAGCUGCUACAGAAGAGCUAACUCGCUUAAGCAAAAGUUCCAACCAGUCUGUGCAGGCGGCCGCCAAGAGAGUCCUUCUUGAGCUUGAGGAAACCACCUACACCCAAGGUUCGGCAAAUAGACAUCUAAGAACACGUUGUGACUAUCAAGAGAAAUGUCGCACAUUCAAGUCAACUCUCAAGCUUUCAGACGUCUUUUUUGACCCAAAGUUUGACAGAUGUUUCUGUACAGAGUGUCACGCUGCCCGAGGCGAUAAACUCUAUUACACUCGAGGACAACCAGCAAAGGACUACGGGAUUCCGAUAGGAUGGUGUCGCUUUGGACUCAAAGUUCAUCCUCGAGCUAAAGCCCUGGACGUGUUUAACAAAUGGCACGUAGCAUUCCAUGGCACAAAAGUCGAAAGUGUAAACGCGAUCCUGGAAUGCGGUGAUCUUCUCAUCCCAGGCGAUGUUGCACUCGGAGGAAGAAAAUUAAGUGAGGAGGAAGGACAUUUUAAUGACAACAGAAAACCGACAGGGUUUGACACAAAACAGAUCUUUGUAUCACCGAGUGUGCGCUAUUCGGGACACAACUGUUAUGCAAAACCCAAAAGUUUUAGCCACCCAUCAUUACACAAAAGUUACAGCACCAAGGCAGUUCUUCAACUCUGCAUCAACCCAGACAGCUACCAGGUUGGACCUCAGACAAUCGGUGCUACGUCUGAGAUUGACCCAAAGUUUAGUAACCAAGAAAUCGAGUGGUCUACUAAGGAACGUGGCUCGAUUAUUCUUUAUGGACUUCUAGUUAAACUAGAUGAAGAGAAUUAAGUUCAUUUUUGCGAUUCUUGCACCUGCCAUUCAUUAAAGGGGCUCGUUUAUCAAUGGGGCAUUGUCUAGUUCAGGAUAUCUCUUAAUGAGGUUUCUACUGUGUGAUAAACUUCCUUGUUAAGUCAGUCUGUUUCUUUUCAAGAGAUCUACUAUGUACCGUGUUUAUUAAGAUGUGUGAGGUAAAACGGUAAAAUUAGAUUGUGAAGCAUAGUGGACCGUGUGUCAUGAAUAAAAUAGUCUAAAAGUACACAAAAUUGGUGAAAAGUAAACAAAGGGAUUGCUUACAAACUGUGAGGCUCCCAUUUAGGCUGGUUGGCUUGUUUCUCCAUAAUGUUUACAAUGACUAUUGAAGACCGCUGCCAACGUUAAAUUUUACUAGAGGCUCAUAGAUCGCCACCUUUUGCUAGCCCAUAAAUAAGCUCGUUACAGCAGGUUUAGACGCAGCAGUUGUUUUUGCUAAGAGUAGAGAAAAUGGGGCAGAAAACGUCAGUGGUAAAUCCAUGUUGAUCAUUGUUAACCUAUAUUUCAACUCAGUAUGUACUUGUCAAUGCAAUGUGGUCACAUAAUUCUAGUCAGCGACAGCAAUGAUCGGUUUAGUUACGGUAAAAUCCAAAAUGUAAUUGUUGUAGUUAUUGAGUCCUUUAUUAAAAGAAGUUGUUCUCUGUCUA